UAAUACCAAAGCAUAUUUAUUUAUUUUGCCCACGUAUAUUGAUAAAAUGAUCAUGCAGUGGGUUGCACUUGUUUUUAGUCUCAUUGCCUUAGCGGCAUCUGCAAAUGAUUUUAUUGUUGGAAGCACGUACUCCUGUUUCACGGGUUUCCAAUCUGUUUCUACGGACGGUUGCAAAUCACGAGUUGAAGAUGCGGAGGGAAAUAUUGUACAGGAAGCUAGCGCUAAUUCUGACACUGAUUUCUGUGUCUCUCAACUGAUCUAUGGACAAGCAAAACAAGGAUCCUUCGGAAAGUCUAAGAACUACGCUGUGUCAGCUACUUUCAAGAUGGUUGAAAUGGGAAAGUACUCCACAAGUUACGGUUAUUUGGGGAUUGCCUUCAAUAUGAUGGACUCCAAUAACUACGAUAUUGCUUACGUCAGGCCCCACGCAAAGGACCAUUGUUGGGAGUUGGGAUAUAUAGAGGACGGUAUGCUCUUCGGGAGAGGCUUUGGAACUUGUAAUGACAAGGUUAUGAAGGAGUUCAACCUGGCCAUCAAGAUAGAGAAUGGAAGAGGUGAGCUGUAUGUAAACGGAGGAAAAGAGACGGAUUUCACACCCUUCUUCCCCCCGGUUAACAAGGUAGCCACUGCUCUCAGAAGCAAUAUGGUCGCUCAGAUGACGGUCAAAAACCUCAAACUCUGUCAUGAGAUCAAGUGUGUGUCAAGGAACGAGGCGGGUAGGACGCAAGUCACAGCACCGGGAGACAGUUAUCGGGAUGCUAGCAUGAGCAAGUGUGAGGCUUGUGUCUGUGGGAUCUACGGACAAAUCAGGUGCGGUUGUUUGCCAGCUGAAGAGCAAGGUGUGAGCUGUACGGGUGGUAAGAUUUCUGCUGUUGGCAAGGACUGCUGUGCUAGAUGCGUGCCACCAAAGGGAACAUGUAAAGUGUACGGAGACCCCCAUUACACUACAUUUGACGGUAAAGGCUUCCUCUACCAAGGGGACUGUACCUACUGUAUUAUGAAGACUAAUGAUUUCGAGGUUCAAGUCAAGAACCAGGAUCGGGGGCCAGUCUCCAUCACUGAGUACUGCUAUCUGAAUUUUGACGGGGACGAAUACAGAGUGGGUAAGGGUAGUCUAAUGUUGAAAGAGGCAGGAGAGACCGUCUCCAGGGUGGUAGCUACUCCCUUCAAGAAGUAUUACACCACUGAGGACUAUGUUUACUGCUCCAGCUAUAUAUCUUGCAAGCUCUUCAUUGGGGGAACGGAGAUGCUGGACCUAAUGUGCAAGUUCUACUAUCUCACUAUACAGCUGCACGGUACGUACUAUGAGAGAACAGACUGUAUCUGUACCCUCAAGUACCUGCAGUUAAAAACCCUAUAUCUCAACAGCUGCACGGCACGUACUAUGAGAGAACAGAUUGUAUCUGUACCCUCAAUUAAAAACCCUAUAUCUCAACAGCUGCACGGUACGUACUAUGAGAGAACAGAUUGUAUUUGUGGGAACUGGGACGGAAAUGCAGCCAAUGACUGGACUACUAAGGAUGGCCAGCUGGUCACAAACGCUAACGACUACGCUAACUCGUAUCAAGUACACAACAGUGGCGGAACCUGCCCUCAACCCCCUCCUCCUACUGACCCUUGUCUUAGCGCCUCCAGGGAAACCAGGAACUUUGCGGAGGUCUUCUGCUCCCGUUAUAAGCAGCAGCCCUUCAAGAGCUGUCAGGACACUGUUGAUGUCACCAAAUACUUCAAGGACUGCAUGUACGAUUACUGUGCGAUGCCGGGAGAUACUGAAAAUAUCUGCGCUGCUGCUGCUGCCUACGUGAAGUCUUGUGCUGAGGCAGGGGCUCCGGUGGAGGGUCAGCUGGAGGACUAG